AUGAAACAGGCUCAGCUUGAGAUUGCAGCAGCUCGGCCCUCUGGACGUGUCCCUUUGCAUGAGCGAACUUUAGUGACCCGAAGGCUGAAAGAAUUCAAACUGAGUACAUUUGCACCACAAGCACUUGAAUGCUCUUGGCCAUAUUUCGCUGGAUUUUUUGAUGCAGAUGGAAGCAUCACUGUGGGUACGCAUCGGCAUUCUUUGCAUUUGUCGCUUUUGCAAAAGAAUCCCUUCGGGAUCUCACAUUGGCUGGACUUUUUGCAUCGGCAGGGUCAUACGUGUUGGUAUUUGCGUCACACUGAGCGUGGUGCUUCACUAGCUUGUGGAGAGCUAGCAACUUGUAGAAAGUCGUUGGAGUUGCUGUUGGAGAACGGACUUCUUGUGAAAAAGGAGCAGGCUGCCCUUGCCAUGACCCUCACAGAGGCAAACCACAAGCAUGUGCGUGAAGCGAUGUUUAAGUUCAAAGGUCAUCAAAAUCGUUACCAGCGCCUUGAUGAAGCUGGCAUGGACAGGGCCAAACACAUUCAUCAAAAAGUGCAAAAACUGCACUCACGUGCCAGUGAGCAACUCAAAGCUAGAGUGCAAGAGGAACUGCAGGUCUUGCGCCAGGAGCAUAAUCGCCAAAAUCUGAUCUGCAAGGCCAAUAUGUUGAGAGCUGACAUCCGGCGACAUUUGCGAGAAGGGGUCACGAAGCUGGCGCGAGAGCGGCGUUUGAAGCAGAAGGAGAACCCUGAACCCACUGCUGAUUGGGGCAAGCCUCCACCCAAGCCACCAGCACAUCAGAGCAAGGAGAGCAACACGGGCCGACGUGCCGGUUUGGACCGGAAAUUUGUCAAAGCCUUGGAGCCCUCAUUGGCUCACCGGCUGCAGGACGCCCGUGAGGCGUGGGGCUCCAUGCGCCAACGGGCACGUUUGGCGCGGCCGCCUGUGGUGCACGAGCCUGAGCCGGAGGAGCCAGUGUCCAGAGUACCUUCCAAGCCAUCUUCGGAGCCAGAGGCACCGCGGGCACGGGAGCAGCAGCCGCAGCAGCCGCAGCCGGCGCCACCGCCUGAGGCACCUACCACACCGGUGGAGCAGGAGAAGACGGAACCCGACAAAGAGCGCGCCGUGGAGCUCUUCCGUUCCUUCGUGGCCAAGGGCCGCGAGGCGCAGAACUGGCGGAAGAACGACCUGCGGCUGAUCAACAGCUUCGUGGUGCCAUGGCUCUUUGGUUCGGAGGCGCGCAUCGACUGGGCUCACCCGGUGCUGGCGCUGGAUGAGUUGGAGCAGUUGGUGAAGGAAGCACCGGAGCAGAUCAAGUUGUUGGGUGCAGCUCCAAAGAAGAGCAACACCCAGGCUCCUUAUGCACCGGUGCCCGCACCACCGGCGCCCACCACCCCGAGUGCCACCGCGCCCACGGCGCCCGCGGCACGGCCGCCGCUGCCCAGCCGGAUACGGAGCCCGCCGGGUGGGGCGACCAGCGGCAGGGCGGAGGUGGAUGAAGGUCAGCCCGUGGCGCGCCGCUGUGGCACGGGUGACUUGCCACGGAGACCCAAGGAGGAGACCACGAGCCGUGUUGCUCGCAGUGCUUCCCCCGCACCGGUGACCAGCCAUCAGGAGGCAAUCCGCGCGCGGAGAGAGGCCUUAGAAAUGGCCCGGCAGGAGUCCUUAAAGAAGGCUUUGGCCAAGAAGGAGUUCGGCCACCGUGAGGAUGAGAUCGCCUCCCUGGAAGCUCAGAUGCACAGCGCCAGCACCUACGCGGCGGCGGGGCUCAAGCGACGCCUGCAGACCUUGAAGGCCUCGCAGCUUGGGGACGGGGGGACCCCUGGAUGA